AUGUCGCGAGAUCUCCCUUCACUCCGCACCAGUAAUGCGAGAAGAAUAAGAACUGUACCCACCCGCGAAUCGGUUCCUUUUUCUCUCGCAGGUCCUAGAGUUAGCCGUCCUUCCCGAGAGCAGCGGAGCUUCGUCAGUCACGAAUAUCAAGAGUCCUGUCCCGAAUAUGGACAGCCACUCGACGAGCCGAUCUGGGGGUUGGCGGCACCUUUGCCCCGGGUCAAGCGUCGAGGGAUGCGGCCUCCAAACACGACGCCAGAGGGGGACUCUGCACAUGGAACAACCCCGACCCGGCAGCAUGCUCGCGAACCGGCGCAGCAACAAUCAUCAGCUGAACUACCAUCAGCCUCGCAUAUGGAAGCCGACCCUAUCAGACAUAGAGAGCAGGAACAUGACUAUCUCUCCCGGGAAAGUGCUGAUACUCGAACAUCCACUCGGGGCGCAGACCUGAUGCGCCGGGCAACCACGGCCAAUGUCUCGUCAUAUCUUAGCGAUCCAAUCGUCCCGUAUAACACGGUUCAAGAACCCGGAAUUCUCAGCGCAGAAACACGGCGCAAAGAACGCGAGCUGCUUGCUGAGAAUAUCAGUGCACACGACAAGGCCCACUCAUCAUCUAGAGAGGGGCAGGGAAGGAGUAAGGACACUCAAAGGUCCGAUACCCGCGCAAAGACGUCUUCGAGCGGCUCGACGGCCCGUGAUUCCUCCAUCGAUCGGACGCAAGACUUGGUCGUUGGUCACGAACUGGAGCGGGCGGUGAGGAGUGAGUCCGCCAUCGAAUCGGCACGGCAACGGCUGCAAGAAUUGGCAGAUACAGCCGAGUUCGAAAGUGGCUUGCGACAGUGUCGGCCGAACAUUGACUGGGAAGAAUAUCAUCCCUCAGGCGACACCUUGGUAGAACGUCUCUCGCAAGUGGAUUAUCCUUAUCGACCACGAUUUUACAAUGCCUGGGGGCCUAUACGAUACAGGUGUCGAAAGCCGUUCGCGGAAUUUCUCGGCACCCUGGUCUUCAUGACGCUCGGACUUUCAGGUUCCAUCGUUCACAUGACAGCGGGUAGCGACUAUGGAAGUCUCCUUACAGCAUACAUGGCGUGGGGUUUUGGCGUGAUGAUGGGAAUCUACAUUGCAGGCGGUGUCUCCGGUGCGCAUCUGAAUCCCACCAUUUCAGUCGUCCUUUGCAUCUUUCGUGGCUUCCCAUGGAGUCAAUGCUGGAAAUAUGUUGCGGCCCAGUUUCUGGGCAGUAUCGCCGCCUCGGCGCUCGUGUUUGGCCUCUACAGUGAAGCUAUCAACGAAUACGCGGCCUCAAACAUUGCUCGCGUUGGCCCUGCAUUCUACACACAACCCCGUGGGGGAUUGAGUAAUGCCGCUGCUUUUUUUAAUGAGCUUGUUGCCACGGCCAUCGCAACCGGGUCCGUCCUUGCAUUAGGGGACGACGACAAUGCACCGCCGGGAGCAGGCAUGCAUGCGUUCAUCAUCGCCCUCAUGGUCAUCGUUCUCUCGAUGGCGUUCUCCUACAACACCGGCCCCGCUCUCAACCCUGCGCGGGACUUUGGGCCUCGUCUGGUGACUGCGAUCGCGGGUUCUGGCGGCCAUGUCUUCACCCGAGAGGACGCGUGGUGGAUUUGGGGGCCUUGGAUCGCUACGAUGGUUGGUGGGCUUGUGGGCGCAAGCGUCUAUGACAUCUUCAUCUUUAAAGGAGCAGAGUCUCCCAUCAAUUAUCCCAGUGGCGCCAUAAGAGCCGAGUUGAAUAGCUCAUGGAAGGAGGUUAGACGAAAGUCAAAGAUGGGACGGGGAAAGGAUAGCACUGGAGAUGUCAAUAAGGAGAUUAAUCUUGUUGCUUGA